CGUUCCUUCCCUUUUCGAGGCUUUCGCUAUGAUAUGGCGUAUAUAAUAUUAACAGAUCUGCCUCGCCACAACUUUCGUAUCAAUUUAUCCAGGAGAAGAAGGGUCGCAUGCUUCGCUCUUUCCUUCUGUCCAUAUACGAAUGUCUGCAUACAUCGUCCAGCGUUCACAGCCGCUCUCAGCCUCAGGGUCUGUCUACUUUAUGCUUACCGGAAAGUCUCGACCCUAUGUAUGCAUUUAUGUUCAGUCUCGUUUUAAACCCUGAGCUGGUGGCUGAGCAAACCAGUCCGUUCUCAGUACCUGUUCGUGUGCUCGUCAAACAAUGCAAAACAUCCCAUCUUAUCCUGAAAGAACUCUUCUUCUCCGCAAUCUCGACUCUUUCAAACCUUCCAUGUCUGAUCUUCAGAAUCUACGUACGCCAAGCGAGCGACCUUCCAAAUCUUCUUUUUCUGUGAGUACCUCGGCAGCUGCCCGAUUUUGCCUGUGAGUUGCGUUUUAUGCAGAAUUUUAUGCCGCCAUUUCAUAAACGACUCUUCCAUGAAACGAUUUGUGGAGCCGGAUCAUCA